CAUAAAGAGUUUCCGUAGUUUUGUGAAGUUUGCGUAAUCAACAGGUGUCAGGGCGGCGACAAUACAAGAAAUGGCAGAGCUUUUAGGGAAGCUCCGCAGCGCUUGGAAGACGUGGAGGAAACAGCGUAAAGGAAGGCAAGAACGAGUAUCUGAUCCUCAGAAACUUAUCGGCGUUACUGAACAAUCGGACAAAGAACACAUACAUGCGGCAAGUAUUGAAGAUACAGAUGCAUGUGCCAACAAGGAUAAUAGUUCCGCGAACGUGAAGUCUACAGUUGACUCUCCUAAUUCAGGGAAGGUAUGCAGUCAUGAAGAGAACAAGAAUGUGAACGAAACUCCGAUUGAAGUGAUCUGUGAGUAUGCAAAUGACGCAGAUAUUGACAUUUACCGUGCUGAAGGCCUGACGGAUAAUGAAUUGCGAACUAUAAUUUGUAGCUUAGCUGAAAAAAUUUGCAGGGAGUUUCCGUCGUAUUACGACUUUUGCAUUAUAGCAGACGAAGAGGACUAUGAUUCAGCGGACGAAUUGAAGCAUUACUUGUGCCGCACUUUCGACUUAACAGGAUGUAUGGUUCAUGAUGGCUUUUAUCGUGCGGGUGCUGACAUAUUUUCCUGUUUUGAAUUUAUGAUGUCGAGGAGCAGCAAAGUGCUGUUUUACUUAACAGACAAUUUUAAUGCAAGCCAGUUCUAUCGUCGCAUCCAGAGUGGAGCCGUUUUUCAGUCAUUGAUGUCCAGCGUUCAAGCCCACCGAGAAAAAUGUGUACCAAUAUUCCCAAAUGGUAUUCCUAACUACAUUCCACUACCCCUCUCAGGUAUAGCAGGUCUGCAUCCUAAAUCGAAAGUAGCGUUGCGACAAAGUAUAAAUACAACAUAUACCUUACCUCUCAGAGAAAAAAGAAAAUGUUUAGAUAGACUGAAUGAUGAUGAACGAAGGUUAGCAUUCCGUGAACAGCUGCGACUUAGUGUGAGUGAUUUCAUUCAAAAGAAAGAAUUACAGAACUCAACAUCAGAAACGCACCAAAUUGAGAAUGCCCAUUCAGCAAUUGAUGUACACACCAGUACGAGCAUUUUGCCAGAAGUUUCCUCAAACGUGAAUUCUGGGAAUGAACAGCCCACAGGUGACACCAUAGCAGAUACCCUCGCUUCCUUGCCGAUGGAUGAUGAAGCGCGGACAUGUAUAAUGCAAGUAGUAUCACAGUCCAGUCCACUACCUGCAACAAAUGUGAGCAUCACAAGUUCCUCAGGAGUGCAUGUGGGAAAUAAAGUUACUGUGAAUUUGACCAUAAAUCCACCUGUGUCAUACUCUGGGGGUACCACAGGUGAUGCCAUAAUGAAUGACAGUGAUUCAGACAGUUUUUCUGAAAGUGAAUGAGUCUGAUAUAGUGUUUCUGAAGAAGAGAUUAUCCAUUUAUGUUUACAUGCUAAACAGUGCAUCUCCUGGUUUUCAAGAUGUGUGUUUAUGAUAACAACAGCAAACAUAAGAGAACAAUGAUAGACAAAGCAAUACCAUAUGCCAAAACAAGUUGGUAAUAAGACAUGUGAAUAUUCAUAAUUCAUUCUAGUGGAUUGGCUUAUUUAUAAGUGUCAAGAUUCAUUAAUUGAGUAAUGUAGUACAUUAUUCCCUUAUCUCCACAAAAAGUUUUUGUGAAUGAGGCUCUUAUGUUUUGUGAUUUUUUGAUGAGAUACUG